UGAUCAUACAGCAUACUUUGUUUAUGUUUUAAAGUUUUAUAUAUUCUUCUAAAUAGCUUCGCUUUCCAGGAUUCGAUUCGGUCUAGGUAAACAGUGUCAUUGUGGAGUUAGUGUCCAAAGCUGUGAGAAAUUAUAUUCCUGUUUUGAACUGUUUCUGCUAUAUAACUGAAGUACGAAGAUGUUGACCAACACAUUAGGAUUGAAAUGUCGUGUGUCCGUUUACACGCAUCACGUGUUAGUCUACCUCCUCGUCAGUGUCAGUCUGUCAUCCGCGUUCGACCUAACGGUGUUACACACAAACGACUUCCACGCGAGAUAUGAAGAGACUAAUACAUACAGUGGAAGUUGUUCGGGUGACAACUGUUACGGAGGAAUUGUCCGUCUGAAGACAAAGAUCGAGGAGUUCCGAGCGUCCGUACCUAACACUAUAUUACUGGAUGGAGGGGAUAUGUUCCAAGGAACCGUCUGGUUCAACUAUUUCGGGGGUGCCAUUACAGGUCUCUUCGCAAACUUUCUAGGAUAUGACGCAAUGGCCCUGGGUAAUCAUGAAUUUUCUUAUGAAAUUGCUGGUCUUCUUCCUUUCCUCGACAACGCCACAUUUCCUGUUCUCAGCAGUAACAUAGAUGCCACGUUGGAACCUUCCAUCCAGGGAAAGUUCGCCAGCUCUACCGUGCUGUCCAUUGGCGGGAAACAGAUCGGGGUCAUUGGGUACACCACCAAGGACACUCCGUUUAUCUCUAAUCCAGAAUCUUUGAUCUUCAAAGAUGAAAUAGCAUCGGUAAGGUCAGAGGUCAACCGCCUUCAAAGCGAGGGAGUCAAUAUCAUGAUUGCGGUUGGACAUGCCGGCUACCCAUUGGACAAACAAAUGGCUGCAGAAGUGGUUGGUCUGGAUAUAAUAGUGGGAGGUCAUAGCAACACCUUUCUCUAUACAGGUGACGCCCCCUCUAAUGAGUCCCCGGAAGCUGCCUAUCCUACCGUCGUCACACAAGCCAGUGGAGACAGCGUACUUGUCGUUCAGGCUUACGCUUAUGGGAAAUACCUUGGUGUUCUCAACGUCACCUUCAAUGAUGAAGGGAAGAUAACUCAGUAUGGAGGGAACCCGAUUCUCCUGGAUUCAAGUGUACCUAAAGACCAAGCGGCCGAAGCCCUAUUGGACAUAUACAGACCACAGCUGGACGCCUUCCGUAAAAAAGUUGUUGGCCGUACAUUGGUCAGAAUGGAUGGGCAACUACUCACGUGCAGACUGCGAGAAUGUAACAUGGGGAACAUGAUUGCUGAUGGCAUGGUGUAUCAAAACCUUCGAUACGCCGACUCCUUGGAAACAUCCAGGAUCUUCAUAGCGCUUGUCAACUCUGGCUCCAUUCGGGCCUCCUUCGACCCAGGGAAUAUCACGUUUGCCAGCAUCAUUGAUGUACUACCGUUCAGGAACACUCUUGAAACGAUUCGUCUACAGGGGCGCCACCUGCGGGCAGCCUUUGAGAACAGUGUCAGUAAAUGGAGCACAGAAGGUAUAUCUGGUCGCUUCCUUCAGGUCUCAGGUGUGCGCGUAACCUAUGACCUCUCAAAAGCUGUUAACCGGAGGGUUGUAGACGUACAGGUGGUGUGUACGGACUGUCCAGUACCGGAAUAUCUACCUUUGGAUGACGACAAAAUGUACAGAAUUAUCGUGUCUAAUUUCAUCGUCAAUGGAGGCGACGGGUAUGACGUUAUCAAAAACAACGCAGAACAGGAGCAUAUUGCAGGUGACCUUGACACGGACGUGCUGACUGAGUACAUCCAGGAGAGGUCACCCCUGUACCAUGGCUUAGAGGGACGCAUCAAGUUUGUAAACGGAACUGGAGCUGAUGAUUGUGUUGGAGCGGGAUUCGUCACUCCUCCGUCCAGUUUCCUCAUACUCAUUUCUGUUGUCCUUUUACAAGGGGUGUUAGCGGGAUUUAACUAAGAUAAACUUUCGACAUUGGCCUAUCUACGCUUCCAUAGAGACUAAGAUCAACUUUCGACAUUGGUGUACCAAGGCUUCCAUAGAAACUAAGAUAAACUUUCGACAUUGGCCUAUCUACGCUUCUAUAGAAACUAAGAUAAACUUUCGACAUUGACCUAUCUACGCUUCUAUAGAAACUAAGAUAAACUUUCGACAUUGGCCUAUCUACGCUUCCAUAGAAACUAAGAUAAACUUUCGACAUUGACCUAUCUACGCUUCUAUAGAAACUAAGAUAAACUUUCGACAUCUACGCUUCCAUAGAAACUAAGAUAAACUUUCGACAUUGACCUAUCUACGCUUCUAUAGAAACUAAGAUAAACUUUCGACAUCUACGCUUCCAUAGAAACUAAGAUAAACUUUCGACAUUGACCUAUCUACGCUUCUAUAGAAACUAAGAUAAACUUUCGACAUCUACGCUUCCAUAGAAACUAAGAUAAACUUUCGACAUUGACCUAUCUACGCUUCUAUAGAAACUAAGAUAAACUUUCGACAUUGGCCUAUCUACG